AUGACCGAACGGCAACGUGUCGUGUGGGUAUUGUCUACUCCAGCAUGUGCCCAGCUUAGCUCAGCUAUGCAAGACCUCAUUGGCAUCAUUUGUGAACACAGCGAACAAAACAAAGAUAUGUCCCAAAGUCGACAGAAAAGAGAUAUGGAUGAUACCAUGCUCAUCCUUAAAACGCUUGCAUCAGAAGGAAAGAAUCCAUUUAUUCAAGAAUCAGUUCUCAAGAAUAUAAUGACAGGUGUAAACGCAGAUGAUUCCGUUGAUGUUGAUGAAGCUCGAAGUAAAGGAGAAAACAUAUUGUCAAAGAUGGCUGGUACAAAAGUAUGCGACUACACAUUUACACGUAAAGAUCAGGCCAUUACUCUUGCUGCAGGCUCAUCAGUAAAGAUAAACGGAGUAAAAGUACAUCUCGAUCCACAGCUUCUGUUUCAGAGGUUAGUCCUUGCAUGUAAUACCGUUGAUGAUUUAGAAGAAGUAUUUCAAUACGAGCUUUGUAGUUAUCCAGCAGCCUUGUUCGAUUCCCCGCUAACGUUGCGACAGCCUCAGAAGUCUAAUCUUGCAGACACAUUGUGGGAAAUGCUGUCACCUGAUGCUAAGGCCGGCCCGGUCGGCGAAACCAAAUUCGAUAAUUGA